UGCUCAAUAAGCAUGGUAUUGCAGAGAAUGUGUAAAAAAUAGUACCUUAAUAGUACUCUUUGGACUAUAUCCGCAUAGGUGCACAUGGCCGUACAUUAUAAAUAUCAAACUGUGUCAGAAUUUGUUUAUUUGUAUUUAAGAGUCUUAUAGAAUAUAUUAGGAAAAUGAUUAUAAUUAAAUUGUUUUUUCAUAUCUCAUACGAUUUGAAUUAAAUAUUUCGGUGUUUAUCAUCAAACACAACGAAAUCGUCGUAUUUUACACAGCAUUUAAGUCGCUUUCCUAACAUAACCUGUACCCAUUAAAAUGUCUGAUGCCUGGGAAGAGAUUCAAGCUGUAAAAAGCAAGAGAAACAGCUUACGGGAGAAGUUGGAGAAGCGUAAGAAGGAGCGGCAGAAUAUCCUCGGAUCAUCGCUAGUGAGUAGUGACAAGCCGGAAGGGUCUCCAGGAGGAAAAGAAAAGCCGAUUGCCGGCGCUGCUGUUACGAAAAAUGAAGAUAAGCCAAAAGUCAUAGUCCCAUCAGCAUCCCUAGAGGUGCGUCUGCUGCAAGUGCUGUCAGACAUGCAGCUGCAGCUGCCUGCAACAGCCAGUGCCCUCUUGCCUGGGCUUGGCGAUGUGGAUACUGAAAUUGUUGCCAGCUUGCUGCAGAAGUUUGCUACUCAGAAACUUAUCACUAUCAGGGAAAGACCAGAAGGCAGUACCGAUGUGGGCAUUGAAGUGGUCAGCGCCGAGUCGGUACGGCUUGCCGCUGUGCUUGCGGCACUGAUGGAGGAAACCUCCAAUAAGAGGAAAGGAGAAGAGACCCCCGAUGAGGGAACUAAAGUCAAACAGGCAAAGAAUGCUACAGAAGAAAAGAAGGUCACUAAGAAAGACACGGAUUUGAUGUCAUUACUAGCAAUGCCCUCCAGCCGAGAGAAAGCCGUGAAGCGAGUGGGAGAGGAAAUCAUGGAUCUUCUCAGCAAACCUACUGCUAAGGAGAAAUCCCUGGCUGACAAGUUCAAGAGUCAAGGAGGCGCACAAGUAAUGGAGUUCUGCCCGCACGGCACCCGCGCCGAGUGCGCACGCGCCACCUCCCAACGACAAGAUGGCGCCUGUAAGAAACUGCACUUCAAGAAGAUCAUACAAGCACACACUGAUGAAUCCCUCGGUGAUUGUUCCUUCCUAAACACCUGCUUUCAUAUGGAUAGCUGCAAAUAUGUUCAUUACGAGGUAGACAACACGGACCCAAACGCUACCGUGGCCAAAAUCACCGACACGGCUCAAAAGAAUUCACAGAAUGGUGUGCAGGUGGCGCCCAAACCUGACGGAGUGUUGACGUUGACGCCCCCACAGUGGAUACAGUGCGACCUGCGUUAUCUAGACAUGACGUUUUUAGGAAAAUUCGCAGUGAUAAUGGCGGACCCGCCGUGGGACAUCCACAUGGAAUUGCCGUACGGGACCAUGUCGGACGACGAGAUGCGGUGUCUGGGAGUGCCACAACUGCAGGACAAGGGCCUUAUAUUUCUAUGGGUCACUGGCAGAGCUAUGGAGCUGGGUCGCGAAUGCCUUAAACUCUGGGGCUACGAACGCGUAGACGAACUAAUCUGGGUGAAGACCAACCAGCUACAGAGGAUCAUACGAACGGGACGCACGGGCCAUUGGCUCAACCACGGCAAGGAGCACUGUCUAGUAGGAAUGAAAGGAGACCCGGACAACCUGAACCGCGGGCUGGACUGUGACGUCAUCGUCGCCGAAGUCAGAGCCACGAGCCACAAGCCCGACGAGAUAUACGGCAUUAUUGAGAGGCUAAGUCCCGGUACGAGAAAAAUCGAGCUAUUCGGGCGACCACACAACGUGCAACCCAACUGGAUAACACUAGGCAACCAAGUGGACGGAGUGCGGCUGGUGGACUCCGAGCUGAUCGCGGCCUUCAAGAAGCGGUACCCCGACGGGAACUGCAUGGCGCCGCCGCCUCCGGAGACCCUGGCUUAACUGACUCUAGUGUUGUUGGGUGUGUGUGUAAAUAGACUGUGUGGACCCACAGAGCGAGCAUACGCGCGAAGCAAUUUCCUCACGCACGAAGCGGCCAGUAUGCUCGCUCUGUGUUAUUACUUCGCCCAGCCCCCUCUUAGUUUAAGAGGGUACACCGCGGCCGAAAUCGCCCUUUCAUACAAACGGAGUCCUCAUUUUCGUCUCUGAUCUCUCUAACACCUAUAAACGAGCAAUUUUUGUAUAUAUUUAUAUAUUUCGGGGAUCUCUGACACGGCUCUAACGAUUUCGUUGAAAUUUGCUAUAUGCGGGUUUUUGGGGGCGAAAAAUCGAUCUAUCUUUUUUUAAAUAACUAUUCAAGGUCUUAGCCAAUUGACAGCCUCUUAAGCCUGACACAGACGAAGCGAUAAUAAAAAUUAGUUUUUCCAAGUAGGCAUAUUACGAUGCGCUUAUGAACGUCAAAUAAAGCUACGCCGGCUCUAACCCUACACCUGUGACCCGAGAAGAUUUAAAUCCCUCCUAAAUUGUAGGAGGGUAUCCCAAUAUGGAACCGGCAAGAAACUCAGCAAUAUAUAUUAAUAUACCGUAAGAUACAGACAGCUAUUUAAUAGUAUAGCUAAGCACAACACAAGCCAACGAUACUAAAAUAUAUAUAGCUGUCUGUCUAGCCUACCUACAUUGUGAAAGAGACGAAAUAUACCAAAAUACAUAUAAGAUGCCUUGUUAUAAGAUAUCGUAAGAUACCAAAAUAUAUAUUAUAGCUUCGUGUGUGGACUCUGUCAAAUGUCACGUAAAAUAUAUCGUAAGGUGCCUUGCUAUAGUAAACACUCCUAUAAUGGAAUAGGCACCAGUAAUAGAAUGGUAUUUGGUAUAGACAAAUCCUGUAAAACAAGUAUUUACCAUCAGUUUUUAAUCGCUGGCAACAUUUUACCAUAAACAAGAGCCAAAGAGCUGCUUAUGUUUAAUUUUUCAUUGAUAUUUGUUAUUUUGAAAAUGAAUGGCGCCAUACACUCCAUGACUGGAGCAAAAAAAAACACAAUUUUAAUUGGUUAAUAAUAUUGAAACCAAUUGCGGUAGCUUUCAUUAAAUACAUAGAAAACAUAAAGGACGAAUUGGACCUUCAACUUUUAAAGCGUAAAGCGGUAGAAAUUUUGCAGAUGUCGGUGAAAUAUCAAAAACACUCCAAAUUUUCUCUUAAAUGUUCCAUGAUUGGUGCUGUUAACAUAUAAGAUAUAUUUUGGUACCUAUAUUAUCGCUCCGUCUGUGACGAUCUUUAAGUGAGGUAAGAAACCUUGAGUUAUAGUAAAUUGUAAGCUUUAAAGUCGUAGCGCCAAGACAAUUUGUCUUAUCAUAAAAUGUACAUAUUAGCUAAGUUGUUAUGAAUUUUAUAAGUGUAAAUGUAAGUAAGUAUACAAUUAAAAUAAUUCAAUUGUUUCAAUAAAUUAUUGUGAAUUUUA